UAUCUGAAUCUACCUGAAGAAAACUAAAAAUGAUGCAAUCCAAACCGCAGAAGAUCUUCGGCUGCGCCUUAGUGCUCUUUAGCAUAAAUCUGUUAAUGAUUCAGCAGUCCAGUGCUGAGCUAUCCACAGUCCAAGGCGCUCCCAUUAACAAUCUGUACGACAAUCUGCUGCAGCGGGAAUAUGCCGGACCCAUUGUCUUUCCGAAUCAUCAAGUGGAGCGCAAGGCACAACGAUCGCCAUCGCUGCGCCUGCGUUUUGGACGCAGUGAUCCGGAUAUGUUGAACAACAUUGUGGAGAAACGUUGGUUUGGCGAUGUCAACCAGAAGCCAAUUAGGUCGCCUUCGUUGCGUCUGCGUUUUGGUCGACGCAGCGAUCCCAACUUACCCCAAAUGCGACGCACCGCCUACGAUGAUCUUCUCGAGCGUGAACUGACCCUCAACAGCCAGCAGGUGAAUAAGCCAGCCACUGGCAAUGACGCAGUGGUAUCCGAUGACGACGAUGCAGCCUUCGAGCGAAUGGUCCGCAAUCCUCAACGCCUACGCUGGUUACGCAGCAUCAUGACCAAUAUUUUGGACCAAGAUAAGAGCGAACGCCAUCAAUUGGAACGCGAUCAAUUGGAACGCGAGUGGCUGAACGUGCAAGAGCUGUCUCGCAUGCUGUUGGCUCAGAAACAACAAUACGAAAAAUCGGCCGCCGAACGUGCUGCCAUCGAUGCCUUCUAUGCCAUCGACUCCGAUGAGGACCAGGAUGAAAAUAACUCGGAGUAUCAGUUCCAGCGGGAGGCUCGUAAGCCAAUGCGCUUGCGUUGGGGACGCAGCACCGGCAAGGCGCCAGCCGAGCAGAAGAUGCCGCUGGCUGCUGAGACUGCGUCGGUGGCGCCAAAGUCCCAAAACUAAA